GGUGCUUAGCUUUCUUUGGUCUAAAACUAAUAAAAACAGGUGCUAAAGAGAAUUCAGAAGGAACAUAGAUAUUGCCAGACAAGAGAGAAAUGUUAUCUAAAUACCUUAUGAGGAAGAUUUUGGUCCAACUGCAUCAAGGGACACAUUGGAGACCCCAAGCCAUGUAUGAUGCAAUCCUCAGAGUUUAUGAAUGUAUAGGAAUUUAUAUUUUGGCAAGACAAGUUACAGAUUGUUGCCUACUAUGUAAAAAGACUAAUAAACAGACCCUCAGAAAGCCACCUUUUGGAGGAAGAAAUCCAGGAUUAAGUCCAUUCCAAAGUAUCCAAGCUGAUUACACCAAAAUGCCUCUAAUAGAUCAUCUAAAAUACCUCACUCACUGGGUCAAAGCUAUCUCCUUUUCAAAUGCAACAGCCAAUAAUGUAGUCAAGGCUCUAAUUAAAAUAUAGUACCCAGGUUUGGACAAAUAGAAAAUAUUGACUCAGAUAAUGGUACUCAUUUCACCGCACACAUCAUCAAACAGCCAUCCCAAACAUUAGACAUUGGAUGGGAAUAUCAUACUCGCUGGUACCCACCUUCAUCAGGGGGAAUAGAAAGAAUGAAUCAGACUUUAAAGAACCACUUAGCCAAAUUGGUUCUGGAGACUCGGUUACCAUAGACCAAGUGCCUUCCUAUUGCCCUGCUGAGAAUCUGAACUGCCCCAUGGAAAGAUAUUAGUCUUUCUCUUUACGAGAUGCUCUGUGGAUUGCCCUAGUUACACUCCACUGGUAAUAUUCCUACCUUUGAAACAAAAGAUCACCUUUUUUUUUGUUUUUGAGGUGGAGUCUCACUGUCGCCAGGCUGGAGCGCAGUGGCAUGAUCUCCGCUCACUGCAACCUCCACCUCUUGGGUUCAAGCGAUUCUCUUGCCUCAGCCUCCCGAAUAGCUUGGGACUACAGGCAUGCACCACCACGCCCAGCUAAUUUUUGGGUUUUUAGCAGAGACAAGGUUUCACCAUGUUAGCCAGAUGGUUUCAGUCUCCUGACCUCAUGAUCCACCCACCUUGGCCUCCCCAAGUGCUGGGAUUACGGGUGUGAGCCACCAUGCCUGGGCCAAAAGAUCAAUUUCUGAAAAAGUAUGUAUACUUGAUCUGUCUUCUACUUUCUCUGAAAACUAAAGCUCUCUUAGCACAGGUGCUGCCCCUAGAGCUCCCAGAGCAUCAGCAUCAACCUGGGGAUCACAUCCUCAUCAAAAGCUGGAAAAAGGAGAAGCUAGAACUGGCCUGGGAAGGACCGUACUUAGUGCUCCUAACUACUAAAACUGCAGUCCAGACAGCAGAGAGAGAGGAUGGACCCAUCACACCCAAGUCAAGAAAGCGCCACCCUCUCUGGAGUCAUGAGCCAUAGUCCCAGGGGAAAACUCUGCCAAACUCCGGUUCCCUUAUAUUCUGGCUGUGACUCAGUUACUGACACUGAGCCUGAGGACGAGAAGUCUGUUUCCCACUCGAAGCAGCAGAACCUGCCAACAGUGACGUCGCCUGGGAACCUGAUGGUGGUGCAGCCGGACCGCAUUCGCUGUGGGGCAGAAACCACUGUCUACGUUAUUGUGAGAUGUAAGUUGGAUGACAGGGUGGCAACAGAGGCAGAGUUUUCUCCUGAGGAUUCUCCCUCUGUGAGGAUGGAAGCCAAGCUGGAGAAUGAGUACACCGUUUCCGUGAAAGCUCCCAACCUUUCAUCUGGGAAUGUUUCUCUGAAGAUAUAUUCUGGGGACUUAGUGGUGUGUGAAACUGUUAUCAGCUAUUAUACUGACAUGGAAGAAAUUGGGAAUUUAUUGUCCAAUGCUGCGAAUCCUGUGGAAUUCAUGUGUCAGGCCUUUAAAAUUGUGCCCUACAACACAGAGACCCUUGAUAAACUGCUAACCGAAUCCCUGAAGAACAAUAUCCCCGCAAGUGGACUGCACCUCUUCGGAAUCAACCAGCUGGAAGAGGAAGACAUGAUGACAAAUCAGAGGAAUGAAGAGCUGCCCACCUUGUUGCAUUUUGCUGCGAAAUAUGGACUGAAGAAUCUCACUGCCUUGUUGCUCACCUGCCCAGGAGCCCUGCAGGCAUACAGCGUGGCCAACAAGCAUGGCCACUACCCCAACACCAUCGCCGAGAAACACGGCUUCAGAGACCUGCGGCAGUUCAUCGACGAGUAUGUGGAAACGGUGGACAUGCUCAAGAGUCACAUUAAAGAAGAGCUGAUGCAAGGGGAGGAGGCUGAUGCUGUGUAUGAGUCCAUGGCCCACCUUUCCACAGACUUGCUCAUGAAAUGCUCGCUCAACCCCGGCUGUGAUGAGGAUCUCUACGAAUCCAUGGCUGCCUUCGUCCCAGCUGCCACUGAAGACCUCUAUGUUGAAAUGCUUCAGGCCAGUACAUCUAACCCAAUCCCUGGAGACGGUUUCUCUCGGGCCACUAAGGACUCUAUGAUCCGCAAGUUUUUAGAAGGCAACAGCAUGGGAAUGACCAAUCUGGAGAGAGAUCUAUGCCAUCUUGAUCAGGAAGAAGAUGUUUAUUACACAGUGGAUGAAGAUGAGGCCUUUUCCGUGGACCUGGCCAGCAGGCCCCCUGUCCCAGUACCCAGACCAGAGACCACUGCUCCUGGUGCUCACCAGCUGCCCGAUAAUGAACCAUAUAUUUCUAAAGUUUUUGCAGAAAAAAGUCAAGAGCGACCUGGGAAUUUCUACGUUUCCUCAGAGAGCAUCAGGAAAGAGGCACCCGUCAGACCGUGGAGGGACAGGCCCCAGUCAAGUAUAUAUGACCCUUUUGCGGGGAUGAAAACGCCAGGCCAGCGGCAGCUUAUCACCCUCCAGGAGCAGGUGAAGCUGGGCAUUGUCAACGUGGAUGAGGCUGUGCUCCACUUCAAAGAGUGGCAGCUCAACCAGAAGAAACGAUCGGAGUCCUUUCGUUUCCAGCAGGAAAAUCUUAAACGGCUAAGAGACAGCAUCACCCGAAGACAGAGAGAGAAGCAAAAAUCUGGAAAGCAGACAGACUUGGAAAUCACGGUCCCAAUUCGGCACUCACAGCACCUGCCUGCUAAAGUGGAGUUUGGAGUCUAUGAGAGUGGCCCCAGGAAAAGCAUCUUUCCCCCCAGGACAGAGCUGAGACGAGGAGACUGGAAAACAGACAGCACCUCCAGCACAGCAAGCAGCAUGAGUAACCGCUCCAGCACCCGGAGCCUCCUCAGCGUGAGCAGUGGGAUGGAGGGGGACAACGAGGAUAAUGAAGUCCCUGAAGUUACCAGAAGCCGCAGUCCAGCCCCCCCACAAGUGGAUGGGACACCCACCAUGUCCCUCGAAAGACCCCCCAGGGUGCCUCCAAGAGCUGCCUCACAGAGGCCUCCGUCCAGGGAGACCUUCCAUCCUCCUCCACCUGUUCCACCCAGAGGACGCUGAUUCCAUCUCCUGAAACCUGCCUACUUCAGGACUGACUUUAAGACUCACAGUUUUCAGCCUGUUCAUGAUGUCUUCCUGUUGAGUUUUGUGGCAUGACUGUUGACUUUAAGAUUCAUUCUCAUUGCUGAUAUUUUUGCAGCCCUGCUGGUUUGGGCUUGCCUUGAAGACUUUAUUAAGGCAUGAAGAAGUGAAAAAUGAAGGGUUUUAUUCACCAUUGCCAAGUAUAUCAAACCAUAUACUUGUUUGCUGAAAGGAUGAAGACUUAAUCAGAAAUACUUACCUCUAAUUUGCCAUAUCAAAAGCCUAAAAAGAUUGAUCAUAAAUGUACUUUACCAGUGAUUUUACUGAAAUGCACUUAUAUUAAUCUUUAUGUAUUUGUGAGUUCAGUCUCAUUUCUAGAAGAGGUUAUAAGACUUGUAGUAUUCAAAUAAGAAGAUAAGUGACCUAAUUUUAAAAUAAUUAUUCUACUUUUCUCUAUAUUCAGCAGGGUAUUUAAGUGCUAGGGCUGGUCACACACAACAAACUAAAAAAGACUAGAGAGGGAUUAGUACUAACUCCUCUUAUAUAGAAGGCAAAUCUGAGAUUCCACAGAAGUCUGGAACCAAGACUAUGCAGUUAGUUAAAUGAAGAGGUGAGUCUAGACUGGGCUUGCUCAUUCUAGGUCACCACAUUUUCCAUCUCCAAAUAGCCAGGCCCUCUCUCCCUCAAGAAAUGCCCAGAUGUAGAAAUUCAUCAGUGCCUGACUGUUGGUCUUCCAGAAUUUUCCAUCUUUCAUAUCUCCCAGGCAUGAGACUACCAAGUUUGUUUGUUUGUUUUCUUUUCAAUUUGGGAAUUUAUACCUCAGUAUGGUUUCAGCGCAGUUAUGUUUCCAGAGAACAUCUAGAAGUGGCUGGAAACCUGAAGCUGGGGAUUCCGGGGACCCCACUUAGUGCUCUAUUUCCUUUAUAGGUCUUAGUUCUGGUCAUAAAGAGAGAGAGAGGAGGACCUUUGACUUUUUCUUUGUUGAGGAAUCUAAGGAGGAAAAGCAAACCUAAAAUAGAAAUACAGUCAGUCCUCCAAAUGCAUGGGUUCUGUGUUUGUGGAUUCAACCCAACCUUGGAUCAAAAAUAUUUGGAAAAAAAAUCUAUAAAGUUUCAAAAAGCAAAACUUGAAUUUGCUGCAUGCUAAGAACUAUGUUGAAUCCAUAUAAAUGAAGUGAUGUGCAGGCAUUGUAUUCGAUAUUAUAAGAAAUCUAGAGAUGAUUUAAAGCAUACAGGGGGAUGUGUGUAGGUUAUAUGCAAAUAUUAUGCCAUUUUAUAUAUGGGACUUGAGCAUUUGUGGAUUUUGGUAUUGGGGGAUCCUGGAACCAAUCCCCCAUGGAUACCAAAGUACCACUAUAGUUAUCUAUUUUUUACAUACUUAUUACCUCCACACUUGGUAAAUCCAUUUUUGCAUAGAAUGUGGAGCCUUAAAAUAUGUCAUGAAUUCCGAGUCCCUGGGACAUAAAUCUACCUUCAAAUCAGAGGUCCUUAAUGAUGCCUAAACAUACAGUAAAAUUAGAAUCAGAACUAUUUCUUUAAAAAAUAUUUGAAAUGCGUUUGUUUCCCAUGAGAAUGUUCCCAUUCUAUCCCACACAAUGUAAAAAAUCCACAUUAAUGAUCCAUUUAAGUCCAGUUUUAUUGGGUCCUUUCAAAUGAUUCAAGGUUCUUUCUCAGUCUCAUUCCUCAGUUGCGCAAACAAGGACUCUUACUGAAGUUAACAGCUUCUGGAGUCGGGUUUUUUGUUUUUGUUUUUGUUUUUUUUGACAUAAAAUACACUAUUGGCCAUGUCCAUCAUGAGAGUGUUUGUAGUAAUUAAUUACCUUGUCCAGGGCCUGGCACUUAGUAACAUUCUGCAAAUGUUCCUUCAUGGUCCUUUUACUCUCCUUGUCACUUAUUUUGGAGAAAGAGGGGAAUGUGAGAUAAGAACAAGAAUCUUGAUGUUGGUAUGCUCACCCUUACUGUUACUUUAGACAGUCUCCAUCGUAGGCAAACUUGAAUUUGAUUAAAGUGACACUUUAAAAAAUAUUCAAUAACUCUAAGCCCCCUUUUGGAUGCCAAAUUUAGUAUUUUGUACAUUCUCUGAUGAACAAGCAUUUAGAUUGUAACAUGGUAAAGUCUACUUCCAGCCAGUGUUGUUAGCAUCUUUGUAUCCACAUCACUGUUUGUGCAAUAUAUAAAUAUUUUGUUGCAUUGUAUUCUUAUAUAAAAAUAAGUAGAAAACAUAAAAUUGAAAUUGCUGAUGAGAA